AGCGCCAUCAAAACGUAAACACGACUGCGUCGUUGCAUUCAUCUGUCAGACGGAGGGAAACAGCUGAUUCGAGAAAAACACUGCAGAAAAUUAACAGAUUUUCACUGAAAUUUGUCGUAGUUUCCAUAAAGAGUGAUCGGAAUUGAUAGAAAGAUUAUUCGGGUACAGAGUCAGGUAGCAAGAUGCUGACAAGUGUGGCUAGCUAUCUGUUCGGGGGCUCUAGUGCCGAGGACAUGGAGACUGCACCAGUUGAGCUGGAGACUAAACCUGCACCCGACCAGGACUGGGUCAUCGUGGAUGUACCGGAUACAGCAUGCAAAUCUACAACUUCGCCACAAGCUGAAAUUCUUGGUCAUAAAAAAUGUUGCCGACUUGUGCGAAUAGCAAAUCCUGUAUAUAGUGACAGUGAUUCUGAAACUGCCUCCAAUUGCCACCCGGCAAGCCAAACUCCAUCCACUCCCGGCUCCUUGAGCCCCGUGGGACAUUCCAGAUACUGUUUGAACGCUAAAAUUGGUUUUCAUGAAAGUUGGAUUCUUACACCUCCUCCAUGUUUUACUGCAGGCGGCGCCACAUCUUCCCAGGUAGGCAUGGAUCCAAUGGAAAAUCUCCUCAUAGAGCAUCCCAGCAUGUCUGUUUACAACAGUCAUUGUUCUGGAGGAAGUGCAGGUGAGGAAAGUGACUUAUCCGAGUCUUCCACAGAUAAUAUUUCUAGAACAAUUCAAAAACGUGGCCUCCGUCCAAGAAAUGCUCACGGUGUUGUUGUGCAGCAGUCACCACGCAAACCCCAGGCUCUGGCAGCAAGGGCUCAGACCGAUUCAAUUAAAUCCUCCCAAAGGUCGAAGCAGUACAAGGAGACUCGCCGCCUUACACGAGCCACCAUUGACAGGCACAACAAGACCACUGGACAACGCACAACCGCCAAACGUGGCUAUAACUGUCAACGCAUCAACUGUCCAAAGAGCUGCGUUCAGACCUACCAGGCCAAGCACUAAUGUAACUGAGCGUCUAGUAAUCGGAGUUAUCCUAUCAAUUUAGCCCCUAGCUCUGACUGGUUGUUGUUUAUGUAUACAGUUAGUAGUUAACACCCAAAUUUAUUAAGUAAUAUUUUGCUAACUUUACUAAUUGUAUAUCUGUAUAUGGUCAGUUGUUAUACCUGUUUAUUUGUUAAUUUUCAAUCCAUGCAAUUGUUAUUUCAGUGAGUAAGUCUUUUUCAAUUAGACAAUAAGAGUACAGUAAAGAGUACAUGUUUUUUUACAACUGCGUCACCAUUCAAUACUGCAUAUAUAUAAUUCAAAAGAAAAAACAUUUUCUACAGAAAUAAUCUACAAAUAACAACCUUGGUGCUCUUGUGAUUUAUUUUUAUGAAAAUAAUAUCUGAUACAGAUAGUGGUAAUUCAGACAGCACAUUGCCAUACUUAUAAUAAUUCUGAAUCAACUGUAAAUAUAAACAUUAAUUAUUUACUGCAGCACAAACAUGUUAUUGAUGUAAGGUAUUUUAGUGAUUAUCUUGUACAAUUUUUGUCAUCUUCUGAGUAUACAAGAUCUGAAUAAAAAUGUCGCCAUAGUCAAAACUUUUACUUGACAUUUUAUUAUAUUACUGUCCAUGCUCAAUAUCAGGAAUUAACAUGACGAAAGUGUCGGAGAUCCACACAAAAUUUUAAAAUCUGAGUGAACUGAAAUACAAACAGCUAGGUUAUUGUUUGAAAUUAAUGUACUUUUUUAGUUUGUAUAUCUGCAUGUAGUAUAAAUUUUAAUAUUGUGCAAAUAAAUGUUUUUAUUUUCACAGUUAUCUCAGAGGAUUGCCAUUAUUAUGAAAACUUGUGUUUUAUGUUCAGCUAUUUCAUUGAGACAAAGACAUGUAAGAUCACCAUGUCAUUAUAUACACGUAAGUUGAUUAUUACUUGGUGCUGGCCUUGAGGAACAACAUCCACUAAGAUUUGAUCAUUUUUGUUCUUCUCAGGUAAAUUAAUCUGGUGCAUUACCUGUCAUGUUAAGUAAAAUAGUCUAUACAGAUGCUCUACUCCAACAUUCAGUAGCUAGUUCAUAUAUAAGCUGAUCAUUUGAGGAACAAAGUAAGUAGCUUGAAACUUCUACUUGCCUUAUCCAAGUUUAGUCAUUUGUAAUAGUCAUUUGUCUGUCAUAAUUCAGAAAGCUUUGGUAAAUUUUGUUUGUUAGGUAAGUAUAUAUAUAAGUAAAUACUGAAGUUAUCCUACUGGAUAAAUGUAUAUAAUCGGACAAACCAGUGUUAACUUUUGUUGUUGUAAAUAGCAAGAUGUUUGAUAUUAAUAUAUUGUCUUCUGAAUCCUUGUGAUAUACACAGAAUCAUACAACAGAUAAUUUAUUGUUGAGAAAAGGAAGCAUUGUGUCUGUUGUAGUGUGCAAUACUGGAUGUAAUUAGUGAAAUAAUUAACAAGUUGAGUGUUGAUGGCAGUGGACGGUACUAACAGUUACUUGUACAUACAUCAUGUAUAUAGGUGUUUCAUCUGUAUAUAGAGGUCAUCUUGUCAGUACUGAUAAAACAACAGCUAGUUUUAAGUAAAUAGAACAUUUAUUAUUUACCAAUCAUUGAUUUCAUAUUCUUGUAUAUUUUUUUAUCAAUUUUUUUGCACCCGCUAUAAACUUUGAUGCGCAAAUGAACAUUUUACGAAUUUUGAGAAUGAAAUAUGUUUCCUAUCAAUGCAUUCAUUUUAUCAUCGUUUACAUCAUCACAUUUUAUCCAGGAGUUUCUGUUGAUGGUAGUGUCAGACAGGUAUCCGCCCCACUUCAAUGGGUUCGCUCAUUUCAACUGUUUGUCAUUGCAGCAUUUGUUGGUUUGCCAUAAACUGAAUGUACAGAUACUUACAUAUCUAAAAGGUCCUUGUUGAUAUUGCAUAAAGGUUAUUGAAAAUCUAAUUGAUUAUAAAUUAAUAUUAUAAAGAAGUUUUGAAAGACCAGUGUUGCCAGCUUUACAUCACAAGCUUUCAAUGUAAAUACAUAUAGUAAGGGUGUAUCACCCGUAUGAAUAUUCCAAUACCCUCGACAACUGAUACUAUGUAUUUAUAAAUCUAUGCAAAAUUUUGUCAAAAUGCUGAGCAUGGAUAAGUGCAAAUGAUACGUAAUUAUUGAUUAACAAGAAAUGUGUAAGAGUUGUGUAAAUUUUCUGAUCAACUUCUGCCAGUACACCAUGGUGGGUCUGAAAACUAACGAGUGAUUUCCAUACUGUUAUAUGUAUAUUUGUGUAAACUAGAUCUCUAUUGGACAUUAGCUUGGUACAGUGAGAGUGUUAACUGUUAUAUCUGCUUCUGUCGCUGAAGACACUAAACAAAUGAGAGUGGUUUCCUCUUGCAGUGGUUUGAGCGAAUGAAUAGCCAUCUACUCUGCCACAUUAUCUUUUGGGUGGCUGAAGCUUGCCUUUUAUUUGUAACACCUCAGGGAGUGGUUUCAAGUGGCAUGCGAAAAAAAUCUCUUUCUGCCUGACUAUAGCUUAUUUAUAAAUGGCACCAUCUCCAGUCUUGCAAUCAUUGUCGCUCAAAGAAUUUAUCUUUUAAUUGAUUUUUUUUUCUCUGUAUAAUUUUUUAACUGUCUUUAAAUUAUUUAUUAGUGUACGCUAGUGUUGCGGAGAGUUGAUGCAAGUUGCCAGUACAUGUCUAGUUGUUAUGGGUGUUUGUGUGUAGUGGCUAGCAGUUUAACGGCAGAGAGGUACACACUUUGUAACGAGCAAUUACAUAAGAGAUAUUGUGAGACUAAAAACCUCAUAUUUGCAUAUUGUUAAAACAAUAAAAAAAAGUUUUAUUAUGUUAACA